AUGCCUAGUCGUAGUAGAAAGAAGCUCAAGGAGAAAGACAUAUCUCCCAAUCAUUCCAUGUCGCCUCGUCAGUUCGCCGCGUUGACAGCCGUAUGCGACACGCUCGUAUCCUCCAUGCCGGUUCCGACUGACUCGGACGACCCGUACUUUCAGCUCGUCGGGAAGCGAAAGGAAGGCGCGCAGUCGGAUAGCCGGUGGAGCGAGUUUUACGGCGAGCCGCGGAAGGAGGCCAUCACGGCGUAUUUCGCGGAAUCCGCGUCUAGCCUCGGCAUCGUCGACAAGGUGGCCACGACAAUGCAGCAGUGCGUGAAGCCAUUGCCUCUGGUCGUCUUUGGCACGGUGCUGUGGCUCCUCUCUACUCGCCUGGGCACGCUCCUGCUGGCUGGCCGCAGGGCAUUCACCCGGCAACCGCCGUUCGUGCAGCCCUUCGCGAAGCUGUCGCCCCAGGCUCGCGAGGCCGUGCUGCUGCGGUGGUCCGUGAGCAGCAACUUCCUGCUGCGCACCGUGUUCAAGACGUUCCGCAGCUUCACGCUCUUCCAUGUGGGCGCUCAGCGUGAGGGCUCUGGCGAUAACAUGCAGUGGCGCGCCAUGGGGUACUGUGGACCGGAUCCCAACAUGCUGGCUGCUGGGAAGCAACGCAAAUACACCAGCAGCAGCAGCCGAGACAGCUCAGCUGCUUGUGAUCCUGACGUGGCACAGCGGCCAGCUCAACGUGCUGACGCGGCACAGCGUCCAGCUCAGCGAUCCGACAAUGGCGAGGGGGAAACUGAGCGUGAAGAGGGAACGGCCAGAGGGGACAGUGGUGGUGGUGGUGGUGGGCGUGAGGAGAAAGAAGGCGAGGCGAGGCCACUGGAUGCAGCAGUGGUGGACUGUGCGGCAGAGGGGGCGGGGCUGGCUGCUGUGCUGCAAGGCAAGGGUGUGGAGGUGCUGCCAGGGCCCAGGCAGACAAUAGGGCUGAUGGGCCGGAGGGAGAAGGGGGAACGAGAGCCUGUGGUGGUGCGGUGUGAUGCGGUGGUGAUCGGUUCCGGCUGUGGAGGAGCCAUUAUCGCAGCUCAGCUCGCAGAAGCAGCAGCAGCAGCUGGUGGUGACAAUGGUGGGGAUGGCAGCGGGCAGCAGAGGAAGGUGGUGGUGCUGGAAGCGGGGGGUUACUUCUUCCGCUCAGACUUGUCUCUCCUCGAAGCUCCCUCCGCCCAGAUGUGCGACACGCAAGGCUUUCUCACCACCGAGGAUGGGGGGAUUGCACUGCUGGCAGGGAGAACAGUGGGUGGCGGCAGCGCUGUCAACUGGUCUGCAUCCUUCCGCACACCGCCCCAUGUCACCAAGGAGUGGGCCAGCGAGUAUGGGCUCAAGCAAUUUGAGUCGCAGGAGUAUACAGCAGCCAUGGAUGCUGUGUGUGAGAAGAUUCAGGUCACAGCGGACGAGUCCCUCACCCCGCACAGCCUGAGCAACGCGGCGCUCAAGGCGGGGUGCGCAGCUCUGCGCUGCCACCAUGCCGUCACCCCCCGCAACACCAACCAGCCUCACCCCUUGCUCUCAGGCCUCAUCUCCCUCGUCCCUCUCCUCGUCCCAACUCUUACUCUCCCCUCUCCACAUCCCCCCUCUCGUCGUCUCCCCCUCGGCUAUCCACCCCUCCCAGGCGCCUGCACCACCCCUGGUGCUGCAAGCAGCAGCGCGGCUGCUGGCGUGAGAGAGGAAGCGCGUGGUGGGGGUGGAGGCGAGGGUAGAGCAGCAGGGCGUAGGGUGGCGUGUGGCAGGUGGGUGGCGUGUGGCAGUCUGCACACACCCCCACUGUUACUCGCCAGUGGUCUCACCAACCCCGCCAUCGGAGCCUCGCUGCGCCUGCACCCCGUCACCUCAGCCUGGGGCUUCUUCCCCGAGACCUUCCCCUUUGUUUCCCCGUUAACCCCCUCUCUCCUCCACACGCCUCCUCUACUGCUCGCCAGUGGUCUCACCAGCCCCGCCAUAGGAGCCUCACUGCGCCUGCACCCCGUCACCUCCGCCUGGGGCUUCUUCCCCGAAACCGCCCCCUCCCUGCCGCCCUCGCUGCCCGCGGGCCCGGGCUAUCUGGGGCCAAUCAUGAGUGUCAACUCCAGGGAGACGGCUAACUGGGAGACAAGUGGAUAUGGUGCCAUGAUUCAGACCCCCACGAUGCACCCGGGUCUGCUGGGCUGCGCCAUACCCUGGCUGGGCAGUCAGGCCAUCAAGCAGUCAGCAGUGCGCUUCGACCGCAUUGCCUCGCUCAUCUCCAUCGUCAGGGACCGCGGGCGUGGCACUGUGCGCGUGGACGGCAGCGGCCGGCCUGUAGUGACGUACCGGUUGUGCAAGGAGGACCAAAAGAGCAUGCAGGAGGCCCUGCUGCUGUCGCUGCGCAUCCUGAGAGCAGCGGGAGCAAUGGAGGUGGGCACGCUUCACCAGUCACUCAAGCCCUUCCGCUGCCUCCUCCCACCACCCGUCGACGCCGAUACGGCUGAUGCAGCAGCAGAUGCAGCCAGUGGCAGGUUGGAUGGCACUGAUGCCCUGUCACGUGACGCCUUCUGUUAUUCGUCGAAAGUGAUGGCGUUUGCCGUCGCACAGCCCGCGUCCGCAGAUCCCGUCAUCGUUCUUCUUCCCGAUGGCUCCAUUCGUUUGUAUCACGAGCAGCACAUGCAAGUCAGGGACGUCCUUAGAGAGUUUCCCCACCACGGCCUCGCGUCGCUGAAUCACAUCGCAGCGUCGGGCGCGGGGGCACCGCCAGCUUCUGCUUCUUCUGGCUAUUGCUACGCGACGUCGCGACAAUCACAACCGCCAAAUGCGGCGCCUCUUCCGCCGGAGCGUUUUUUGCGGCCUGGAGGAACCUAUUGCUUGGUGGAGUAUCCAGUCUUGGCUGCACACGAUGCUAUCUCGGUUAACCACGCGCGCCGGCCGCAUGAUUUGGCGUCAUGUGCGGCGGAAUGCACGGCGAGCGAUGCGGACAGCAGGAUUGACGACUCAGAGUCGCCAUCGGGAGACGCGGCCGUCGUAAGCUGCUUCACGCCGCGUGCGUCCCGCGCCUCGACCCGCCAACGCGCUGCGGUCGCAACGACAGGCGGCGGAUCCGGCUUGGAGCGCGCGGCGUCCAUGCCCCCCAUACACCAAUCGCUGCGCGCCGCGCUGAUGAUGCCGACAACGCCGCGAAAGCCUACUACACCUGUUGCCGCCAGCGGCGCUGCCGCGUUGCCACCAUCGCCUGGCGCCGCCGCGACAACAACCGUGCGUCCCCUUGGGCGGACUACCAGCGGAACGAUGCCGCCCACUGCGCCAACCUUCCCCAACUCCGUCUCGCUGCGCGCGCCGUCCUCCGCCGCUACCGCCCUCAUCUCCCAGCGCGCGCCACCGGCCUCAGCGUCCGCCCUCAUAUCCCCGCGCGCACCCCCUGCCUCCGCUUCGUCGCUCAUCUCCCCCCGCGCGAUUCUCUCGAGCGGUUCGCGGAAGCUUGCGCGCGCCUUGACCGCUCUCCCCCGCCCGCGUAGGUCGGGGACUUUAGCAGCCCGCGAGCGCGACGGGACAGAAAGGAGCCCCGUCCCGCGAGACGUCAGCAAUCACGGCGCGCCAGGCCCGUGGUCGCUGAUGGACCUCGUCUCGCCAAAAGGCCGAGCCGCGAGCGCGUCGCGUGCCGCACAGCAGCUUGGUGAUAAUAUGAUUUCCGCAGAAGAUAUGUACUCCUGGGAAAACGCGAUUCGGGAUCUCAAAAUCUCCCGUGGUGAGCGUGACGAGGAGGGGGAGGCGGAGAGUAACGAAAGGCAGCGAAACGGGAGUGUUCGUUACGGCAGUGGGCGAAAUGAGGCGAGGCAGACGAACUGGUCGGGAGGGCUGACACCCAGAGGCCUCCCGCUGCUGUCGCCCGUGGAGACCGCAGCUGAGAGCGGCGAGGGCGCGCAGCAGCAAGGGCGGAUGGCUGCAGAUUCACCCGCCCCUCCGCUGCUGCUGUCCUUGGCACACAUGCUGCUGAUAAAGCAGCAGCAGUGGAAGGAACCCAUGCUGAUGGCCUAA